GCCGUCAUGGAGUGUAGACAGCGCUACAAGCGCGCAUCCGCUGGGAUUCGAUAAGUGGUGGGAGUACGUGAUCAAGCACAACGACCAACUUCCGGACGAGUAUGACGAGAUUUAUCGUGACCUCGAGCCGUAUCGGGGACCCCCGUAAGAAAAUCACUGCAAGCUACGGGAACGAGCUGCUGUAUAUAUGCGUUGUGCACUAUUCUCGCAAUGGUCUGAGACCACCAAUCUACUUGUUCUCUGAUACAGAGGAAGAACUAAAAUAUCUGGAAGACAAAGGCCUACGCAAGGCACGCAUCGAUCUCUUGGCGUCGUUGGGGAGGUUUGUCGAGGUCGCCGAGGUUCACCUUCUUAGCCUUGGACAGCCGUACGAUGCUAUCCGAACUCUCCUUGAGCACCAAGACAACCAUCCCGGCGCGAUGCAACGUGCUGCGGAUAUUGCCCUAGAUACUCUACGGCGGGAGUGUUCCUUUGAUACGGCGGUCCACGACAUCCUGCGGAGCAAGGAAUCCGAUUCUCAUAAGGUACUGAACUGCAUAAAAGACGUUCCGCUUGCGCCUUUGAAGCUCACAGACAGCAGAGAAGUAGAUUCAGUAGAAUGCAGCAAGGUGCAAAGGCUGGCAGUAUUCCCUAGAUCCACUUAUUCCGUACAGUCCAGAAAUCUCCGUCUGCUAAGGAGAUCUAUCCACUAGGAGAGGAUUUCUCUGACCAGAAAGAAAAUGCCAUGGCACUCAUGGCAUUCGACGUCUUCUACUCACGGAUGCUAACACUUUACUCCGUACACCCUUCAAAUUUUGGUAAAUUCCUGA